UUUGUCCAAUUAAACAUUGGCCUCAAAAGAAAAGACGAACCCACAUCCACAUAGAUUUAGCCCAAAAGGUGAUGAAUGCUUAUCUCUCACUAUCUCUACCAACUCCAACUUUGCGCCAGGCGCCGAAUACCACUGACUGCCAAGAACCUCCAUGCCCAAAUCAUCAAAACCGGCCUAGACCAAUGUGUUCCUCUGCUCAACAGCCUCUUAGACGUGUAUGGCAAAUGUUGUCUCGUUCAGGACGCUCUUCACGUGUUCGACGAGAUGCCACACAGAGAUCAAGUCUCAUGGGCCUCAAUCCUCACUGCUCUCAACCAGGCCAACCUCCCCCACCUAAGUCUCUCCAUGCUCCCUACCAUGCUUAGGCAUGAUGGUUUAGAACCUGACCAUUUUGUGCUGGCUACCCUUGUUAAGGCAUGUGCGAGAUUGGAUGCUAUUAGGCAAGGCAAGCAGGUGCAUGCCUGCUUUCUGUUAUCGCAGUUUCGAGAUGACGAUGUAGUUAAGUCAUCGUUGAUUGACAUGUAUGUAAAAUGUGGAUUACCUGAUAAUGCACGUUCGGUUUUUGAUUCAAUUUCUUUGAAAAAUUCAAUAUCUUGGACUGCCAUGAUUUCUGGGUAUGCUCGAAGUGGGAGGAAAUUGGAUGCUUUUGAGCUGUUCAAGAGAGCACCAGUUAGGAAUCUAUUUUCUUGGACGGCUUUGAUUUCUGGGUUGGUACAAAGUGGGAGUGGAGCUGAUGCAUUUCAUUUAUUUAUUGAAAUGCGAAGAGAAGGGGUUGAUAUAGUGGACCCAUUAGUUCUUUCAAGCACCAUUGGUGCUAGCGCUAAUCUAGCUGUGCUGGAGCUUGGGAAGCAGAUUCAUGGCCUAGUUAUUUCUCUUGGUUAUGAGUCUUGCAUAUUUAUAAGUAAUGCACUUGUAGAUAUGUAUGCCAAAUGUAGUGAUAUUCUGGCUGCAAACAAAAUUUUUGGUAGUAUGCAACGAAGAGAUGUAGUUUCUUGGACUUCAAUAAUCGUUGGGGUGGCUCAGCACGGGCAAGCAGAGGAGGCAUUGGCUUUAUAUGAUGAGAUGAUUUCAGCUGGAGUAAAGCCAAAUGAAGUGACCUUUGUUGGAUUGAUUUAUGCUUGUAGUCAUGUUGGAUUAGUUAGUAAAGGUCGUCAUCUAUUCAAAACCAUGAUUGAGGAUUAUGGAAUUAGUCCUUCCCUGCAGCACUACACAUGCUUCUUGGAUCUUCUUAGUCGGUCUGGGCAUCUUGAUGAGGCUGAGAAUCUCAUCAAGGCAAUGCCAUUUAAGCCUGAUGAACCCACUUGGGCGGCUUUACUAAGUGCCUGCAAGCAUCAUAAUAAUAUUGAAAUGGGAAUCAGAGUUGCUGAUGAUCUAUUGAGUUUAAAACCAGAAGAUCCAUCAACCUAUAUACUGUUGUCUAAUAUUUAUGCUGGUGCUGCAUUGUGGGAAAAGGUGUCAAAGGUGAGAAAGUUGAUGGCAGUCAUGGAAGUUAAGAAGCAACCGGGUUAUAGUUGCAUUGGAUUUGGAAAGGAAAGCCAAGUGUUUUAUGCUGGGGAGACCACUCAUCCUAUGAAGGAUGAGAUUUUUGGUUUUCUUAAGGAAUUGGAUAGCGAGAUGAGGAGAAGAGGUUAUGUUCCUGAUACUAGUUCUGUUUUACAUGACAUGGAUCAGCAAGACAAGGAAAGACAACUAUUUUGGCAUAGUGAGAGGUUAGCUGUGGCUUACGGGUUGCUUAAGGCUGUUCCUGGGACAGUCAUUCGUGUAGUAAAAAAUCUUCGCGUUUGUAGAGAUUGUCACACCGUUUUGAAAUUCAUAAGCACCAUCAUGAAGAGGGAAAUUGUUGUCCGAGAUGCCAAUAGACAUCAUCAUUUUAAGGGCGGGAAGUGUUCGUGCAACGAUUUUUGGUGAUGUUGUGGCCGUGGGUUGGAAUCUUCCCAUGCUUUAUCAUGUUUCCACCUUCAACUGAAUAUAGAUUCAACGUUGUCUC